AUGUGGCCCAUGCAGGCAAAGUUGCAGGCUUCUGGGAAGUUCAUAUGGCUCAAGUGUGUUGUGGCCGGAGCCGUCAUCAUUGCGUCGGAGUGGAGUUGCCGUGGCAGCCCUGACGGGGCGCAGGAGGAGGGUGGCGAUGGAGAAGCACUGGGAGACGGGCCGGACCGUGGAUUGGACGGCGACCCUGAGGGAGUGUGGAGUCCAGACAUUGAGCAGAGCUUUCAGGAAGCUCUGGCCAUCUACCCUCCCUGCGGCAGGAGGAAGAUCAUACUCUCAGAUGAAGGGAAGAUGUAUGGUCGAAAUGAGCUGAUAGCUCGCUAUAUCAAGCUACGAACAGGAAAGACGCGCACACGCAAACAGGUCUCUAGUCACCUGCAAGUCUUGGCCAAGAGAAAGUCGCGUGAGAUUCAGUCUAAGCUCAAGGCCAUGAACUUGGACCAGGUAUCCAAAGACAAGGCACUGCAGACAGUAGCCAACCUCUCAUCAGCACAGAUUGUGUCAGCUAGUGUAAUGAAAGCCCAGACUCCGUUCCCUGCACCAGUUAGAUUUUGGCCCGGCCCUAUGCCAGGACAGCCUGGACAUUCUCAGGACAUCAAGCCCUUUGCACAGCCACCAUACACUACACUACCAGCCCCUGUCCCUGCACCUAUCAGUUAUGAGCCGCUGCCUCCCCACCGCCCUGCAGCUAUAGCAGCUCCUGUAUGGCAAGACAGAACCAUCGCCUCAGCAAAACUACGGCUACUGGAGUACUCUGCUUUUCUGGAGACCCAGAGAGACAGGGAGGCGUAUAAACACCUUUUCGUACACAUUGGCCCAACAAACCCGGGCUACAAUGACCCCGUGUUGGAGUCUAUAGAUGUGAGGCAGAUUUACGACAAGUUCUCUGAGAAGAAAGGAGGCCUGAAGGAGCUGUAUGAAAAAGGGCCGCACAACGCAUUCUUUCUCGUCAAGUUCUGGGCCGACCUGAGCAGUGACAUUGAGGAGGGUUCUGGUGUGUUCUACGGUGUGAGCAGCCAGUACAGUGGAACAGAAAACAUCACCAUCAGUGUUUCAACAAAGGUCUGCUCCUUUGGCAAACAGGUGGUAGAGAAGGUUGAGACUGAAUAUGCACAAAUGGAAGGAGGAAAGUACGUGUUCCGCAUCCAUCGUUCGCCCAUGUGUGAAUAUAUGAUCAACUUCAUCCACAAACUCAAACACCUGCCAGAGAAAUACAUGAUGAACAGUGUACUGGAGAACUUCACCAUCCUACAGGUGGUGUCCAACAGAGAAACUCAAGAGACUCUGCUGUGCAUCGCCUUUGUGUUUGAAGUGUCCACUAGUGAACAUGGAGCACAGUACCAUGUUUAUCGACUAGUUAACGACUAGCAGCAUGUUGCAUGGAUAGACUCUCCACAGACUUUUUGAUACAUACAGCAUAAACACUAUUUCCUGCUCAAACACAGAGAAUCCCCACUCCUCUACUCUAAACACACACUUGUUUUUAACAGACCAACAGUCACACUCUAGUCACACCUGUUGUUUGUUUAAUGUGUAUGCAUUUCCAUCGCUGCACAUGUUUCUCCACAACAUCCCAUGAUUUAAACACUUAAGUGAAAUUCAUUUUUGUAGAAUAUGUGGUAUCAUUCUUGGCAUAAUAAUCAGUAAUGUAAUUAUUCAGUCACUGAAAUGUCUCACCUGAAACUCAGUGUCAUUACAGGUAUUAGGCAUGUGACAAACAUAUGAUAAAAACAUCCCAAAAAAGGGCUAAACUACAUUCAAUCAAGUUUAAUAUGUGAUAGUCUUCCAUCAUAUACAUUGUAUACAGUAGGAAUGUAGCUGUGAUGCACUACAAAUAAAUAUUAUCGUUUCUAGGGAAUUUUCCCAGCAUAUGCAUUUACGUCAUAGGUGUGACUCAUGUGAGACGAGUUUGAAUAUAGGUUGGCAAACAAACCAUUUAAUCAGUGUUAAUGUAACUCUGCCACAAUUACUAUUUCUUCUACAGUUUGUAGUAUCUCUGUAAGGUAGGACUUGAAUGAGCCUAUAAUGGUGUAUCCUCUAUCACUGCUUAGUGUGGAGUCAUGAUCUCCAGUUGGUUUAAUCAAAACUCCAAGCAUCAUAUGACAAAGUAUGAGUGUGCCUCUUCCCAGAAUGUAAUGCACUACAUGUAAAGACGUAAAAGUCGUAUUUAUAUUUGAAAAUAGUGUAAAGAGGGCCAUCAUUUUAGAUGUAUUUGCUGUUCAAAGGUUUCCAGUGGUACAAGGUGUGGAGGGAAUCAAAUCUCAAGGAGGUGUUUAAGUUUGGCUCAUCUGUCUUUGGAAACAGUUCACAACCAGUUUCAGAUUCAGUUCACACUCGGGUGUCAGCAGCAUUUUUAAUGAAAGAAUUAUCUUUACUGUUCAUUGUCAUAAUACUCUUUGUACUUAAGCUGUAUUCACACCAAAUCAGGCGUUUUCGCCGCAAAGCCUGAUUUGGUGUGAAUAUAGCUUUAGACUGUGGACUUGCUGCAGUAUUUCUACCUCCACAUGAGUUGGGAUAAGAAUGUGCUUUGGUUCAUAAAGCCUUAACCUGAGGAGCACUGAUGUAUAGGAUGUAUACACUACACUUGUAAUGGUACUGUUUGUAAGCCAAAACAAGGUAAAUAGACUCGUUUUUGUAUAGAUGAUCUUUUUUGUAUUUUACCAGCACAGCUAGAAGGGUUACUCUAAACAUCAUAUAUGAUGGGUGUUUCGGUUGUAUCUUUUUCGAUGUAUGCAAAAUGAUGUAUGGUACAGACCACACUAAGGUCACCCACAGUGCACUGGGGUAGAUUUUUGCCCAAUAACACUAGCAAAGUACCCAGCUUACACUUGCUUUUUUUUCUCCUUUUUGUUCUAUGUAAUGUUUUUAGUUUCUGGUACAAGUGGCUACCAGCAUUUUUUUAUGGUAAAUGUUAUUUGACUGUAUCACGCCCUCUCCUGGCAGGAUUAUCUUUAACUAUGUGGAAGAUGACAAUGAUUUGUCUUGAUCAUGAAAGUAAGAGCCGACUGGUUCAGUUUUUAAUAACCAUAUUCACUCUGUGGUCAGCCAAAGUUUUUAUUCUUUUAUUUUUCUUGUCUGUGUACUCUGGUUGGCUGUGCCUCAUCACUCCUUUGGUCAAGUAUGCUCAGUGAAUUAAAUCUGUGCCUUUUAUGCUGUACCAAUAAAAUCACAUGGUGUUUGCAGAA